AUGUUAAGAGCUUCUCUAAGAAAGAUGUCCAAGUCUACCAUCGGAGCCUCCAACAUGAUGUACUCUACCUACCCUCUCUCCACCACCAUCACCCUUCCUAAUGGUAAGACUUACGAACAGCCUACUGGUUUGUUCAUCAACAAUGAAUUUGUUCCUUCCCGGCAACACAAGACCUUUGAGGUUAUCAACCCUUCGACCGAAGAGGAAAUUUGCCAGGUCUACGAGGCCCGCAAGGAGGACGUUGACGACGCCGUGAAUGCUGCUGAGGCUGCUUUUAAGGGCAGCUGGGGUCAGGUCGACCCUGCCGUUCGUGGUAAGGCUUUGUACAACCUUGCUGAGCUCUUGGAGGAGCACAAGGAGACCUUGGCUGCUAUCGAGUCUCUUGACAACGGUAAGGCCUUGCAAUUGGCUCAAGGAGACGUUGCUCUGGUCAUCAACUACAUCAGAUCGUGUGCUGGUUGGGCAGACAAGCUGACCGGUCAAUACAUUGACACUGGUGCUACCCACCACACUUACACCAAGAGAGAGCCAAUUGGUGUUUGUGGACAAAUCAUUCCAUGGAACUUCCCACUUUUGAUGUGGUCCUGGAAGGUUGGACCUGCUCUUGCUGCCGGUAACACCACUGUGUUGAAGACCGCAGAGAGCACUCCAUUGUCUGCAUUGUACGCAUCGAAGUUGGUGAAAGAAGCCGGUAUUCCUCCAGGAGUGGUGAACAUUGUUUCUGGAUUCGGUAAGAUCACCGGUGACGCCAUUGCUUCGCACCCUAAGAUCAAGAAGGUUGCCUUCACCGGAUCCACUGCCACCGGAAGAUUGAUCAUGAAGACUGCUGCCGACUCCAACCUCAAGAAGGUCACUUUGGAGCUUGGAGGAAAGUCUGCCAACAUUGUGUUCAACGACGCUGACGUCAAGGUUGCUGUCAAGGCCCUGGUUGCAGGUAUUUUCUACAACUCUGGAGAAGUGUGCUCUGCUGGUUCCAGGGUGUUUGUUCAAGAAGGUAUCUACGACGAGGUGUUGAAGGAGUUCAAGAGCGCUGCUGAGACCCUCAAGGUUGGAGACCCAUUCGAUCUUCUCACUUUCCAAGGUGCACAAACCUCUCAAAUGCAACUGAACAAGAUUCUCGGCUAUGUCGACAGCGCUCACAGCGAGGGUGCCACGUUGGUCACCGGUGGUGAGAGACUUGGAAACAAGGGAUACUUUGUCAAGCCAACCAUUUUCGCCGAUGUGAAGCCAAACAUGAAGGUUUACAAGGAGGAGAUCUUUGGACCAUUUGCCGUGGUGACUCCGUUCAAGACUGCCGACGAGGUGAUUGAGCUGGCCAACGACUCCGAGUACGGACUUGCUGCUGGUGUGCAUACCAAGUCUCUGGACACCGCCACCUACGUCUCCAACAAGUUGGAGGCUGGUUCUGUGUGGAUCAACACUUACAACGACUUCCACCAGAUGGUUCCAUUUGGAGGAUACAAGCAGUCCGGAAUUGGCCGUGAGAUGGGAGCCCAGGCUCUUGACAACUACACUCAAUGGAAGGCUGUUAGAAUCGCGCUUCAGAAGCCAGAGUAA